AUGCAAACCACAGAGAACAGCGCAAAACCGCAUAGAUUUUGAGCUAAAAUGGCUAUGACCCUCUUCCUUGCUUUCUCUCUUCUCCUGCAAGGUGCUCUAGGUCCUCUCCACUAAAUAAACUUCAAACCGACCUGCAAGGGAAGUGGGGAACUCAUAUGUGACGAAUUUCCUGCGGGAAUGUGCGCGUUAUCAGUCCCGUCCUCUGGGAAGCGAUGUUCACUGGAGGCCGGUGAUGAACCAGGAUUGCUCCAAUGCAAGACCUCCGAAAUUUCGGUGCAUGGCAUCCGGGAACAUAUUGAGACGGAUGAAUGCGUAGCCGCAUGUGGGGCUGAUAGGAAUGUUACGGGAAUCUCAUCAGACUCCCUUCUUGAUCCAAUAUUCACUGCCAAGCUUUGCUCUAAACACUGUGUCAACAACUGCCCCAACAUUGUUGACCUCUACUCGAAUUUGGCUUCGGCCGAAGGAGUGCUUUUGUCGAAGCUGUGCAAGUCAUUGGAAACCAGUCCGCGCAGGGCAAUGUCUCAGCUUCAAAGUUCUGGUAUAGCGCCUUCCACUCCUGCUGCUGUUGGUGAAGGCCCGAUUUCUGCAGCUCCUGCCGCUCCGAUCUCUCGCACUGCCGCUCCAGCUCCAUCUCCGACGGGAAGUGCUGAUGCUGUUACUCCGGCACCUCUGUAGUUUUUAAUUGUUAUACACAAAUAUUUGCUAUAAAUAUGGUGGUGAUAUAUAUUGAGUCUAGUAAACCAUGUUGCGUACUUGUGUAAAAUUUCCUCUUUUGUUUAUGGAAGAAUGAUUGCCUCUUAUAUGAAUAAAUCACGUACGUGCUAAUUACAUUAAG